AUGGGCAACAUUUGCCAGUGUUUUGGAGCAAGAGAAAAAGAUCCAUCCUGGCUUCCGGACUACGCCACCGGUGGCAACACACAGCAUGGGUACUCGCUCGCCAAGAACGACAGGCAACGGAUGGAAGAUGGCAUCCUAAUCCAUGACAACGUCGCAGGAAAUGCCUGCUUUGCAGUCUUCGACGGGCACGGAGGCGAGCAGGCCACCCUGCUGGCCAAGCAAUUUCUUCCAGAGCAGCUUGGGCAUCACCUGCAACAAGACUGUAGCAAGGAAGAAGCAGCUCAUCAAGCCUUCGCUGCCGUGGACGAGCUUAUGCAGACCCAACUGGCGGAGGAGGCCAAGCUGUUUGCAUCGGGCACAUCGUCCGGUACGGUGGCAUGCAUUGCGCUGCUGAAAGAGGAUCAGCUCGUGCUUUUGAACCUCGGAGAUUGUCGAGCAGUCUUAUGUGAAAACGGGAAGGUGAGCACUACAACAACGGAUCACAAUCCGGAGAAAAACAAGUUCGAAAAACAGCGUUUGGAGGAUAUCGGUGUAAACGUCGAGGGGGGAUAUGUUGACGGCAAAGUCCAAGUUUCUCGCGCUUUUGGAGAUGUUGCCGGUGAAACCGGGAAGAAAGUGCCCGGGCUUAUUUGCACGCCCGAAGUCUUCGUCGUGAACGUCAAAGACACCACAGAGUUUGUACUUCUUGCCACUGAUGGCAUUUGGGAUGGGCUGCGAGAUCAGACAGCAAUCACGACAGCCCGCAAAGUGCUCCGGGAGACCAGGUCCCCAGAAGCUGCUGCACAAGCAGUUGUGGAAGCGGCCGCAAAUGUCACCAAGGCCGAUAAUUCGGCCGUCGUUGUUGUAGCCCUGAACAUCCCUGAGCCCCUGCCAAAACGCGAGCCGGGGCAGCGCCGUCUGUUUGCUCCCAAGAAGGACUGA